AUGGCCCAGGCACUCACGGUUGUAACAAAGAAAUACGGGAACCUCAUCAUGUUUUAUGUCAAUGAUGUCGUGAUCGCAACGCCAACCCUAGAAGAUCAUAUAGAGAGGUUGGAUGAGGUGUUUACUUGCAUGAAGAAGGCGGACCGGAAGUGUAAACCCUCGAAGUGCGAAAUCCUCAGAGACUCCAUAAAAUAUCUGGGCCAGCAUGGAGUGAGAUUGGAUCCCGAAGCGUUUGAAGUGGUCUUGAAAUGGAAGGCACCCAAGACAGACACACAACUGAUGAGCUUUUUGGUGUUUGCUAACUAUUAUCGAGAGUUCAUCAAGAGAUACGCCGAUAAGAUAUACCCCAUGCAGCAGUUGAUGAGAAAUAAGAGCAAAAAAUUCACUUGGACUGAAGAAGCACAAGUUUCGUUUGAAAACGUUAAAUGUGAACUUUGCGAGGCACCGGUCCUUGGAAUGCCGACAGAGAAGGGGAUGUUUGUGUUAGACACAUCAGGAUGCAUCAGUGGUUGCGAUAUCGGACAUACUUCACCAGGAGCAGGAGUGGAACGGGAGAACGGUUCUCCGUCCGAUAGCUUAUGGAAGUAUUGUCCUGAGCGACACUGA